CUCCGAUAUCUCUGGUCAAAUAUUAGCUGGUUACAAAACCAUCAGUCUGACAGGGAGGUUGUGUUUGAUAAAACAUCACCCGGGAGAGGAGAUCUUAGUAAAAACUAAAAGAAGACAACAUGGACAGGACAGUCAGCCUUCCAAAUCAGCCCAACAAAACCACCAAGGUGACUCUGGUUGAGAGCAGCAGCACCCCCAGCGGGGUGGAACUGGUCAGUUCCUACCAGACCAACAGAGUGGGAGACCCCAUGGACCUGGUGGCCCUGGCAUCACAAGUACAGAGGGGAGAUGAUUUCACUAAAGCCAACGCUUGCAACAAACUGACCGUCAUUGCUGACCAGAUCAGAUACUUACAGGAACAGGCGAGGAAGGUUUUAGAAGACGCUAAAAGAGAUGCCGACCUCCACCACGCUGCCUGUAACAUUGUGAAAAAAGCAGGCAACAUGUACUACCUCUACCAGCGGCCAUCUGGACAGAAUUACUUCUCUAUCAUCUCCCCAAAGGAAUGGGGUCCAAGUUGCCCUCACACGUUCAUCGGAGCUUUCAAACUUCAACACGACAUGUCCUGGACCCCCGUGGACCAGGUGGAGAAGAGGGACGCCGAGAUCGCCAUCAUGGACAAGCUCCUCAGCCAGCAGACCGCCCUGCCGCCUUACACAGAACCCAACUUCAAGGGCCUCUCUGAGUAAAGGACGGCUGGAUCGGACUGAAGGAAGGACGGGGAAUUUUAAAGAGGACACCCGGCAGAUGCUAACUGUAGUCUUAAUGGACAUAUGUUUUAACGGACACAAAUCCAAUUCUUAUCCUGAUAUCAAAGCGUCUGUUACAUAGUGUUUUGGUAACUUUCAUACACUGACUUUAACUGAUGGAUUUAAUCAUAAACCUUCUCCAGUUGAUUGUUUACAUUAAGACAAUGAUUUGUUGUAUUACAAGCUGUCUGAAAUUUGAUCUUUAAAUAUGCAAAUGCGGUAAUAUGUAAUUAAAAUGUGCUAA